AGAAAGCUGAAGUGUCAGUUUUGGCGUGCAUAGCUGAGCAACGUGCUGAGUGAGUGCAUUGAUGAUGAUGAACUCCCAAAAUUGAACCAUAUGCUUCUAUCUUUCUCGCGAUUUUAAAAGACCAAGUUUAUUGGGAAAGUGUAUAGCUGGAAGGAACAGGAAAGAGAGCCUCCCUCAUACAGCCAUUUCAUUUCCUAACAGUUGGGCAUUUCGUGUGCUCUCAGUCCUGAAAACUUACAGUUUCUGUUCAUAUUCUCUGAUGGGCUGUGCUGGGUUUCCUUAAGAUUUUGUUUUGGUUUCUGUCACGUGGUUUUGCGAAAAACCCUUUGGUGGGUCAGUUUUGGUGCUCCUGAUUCGAUAAAACACUCACUGGCAUGCACAGCAACAAUUGCAGUUGUGUCCCUGUUCUACUGAACUUCUAGUGUUUUCAAACUUCAACGGUAAAAGAAAAGGAGAGUAGAAAAAGGAGAGAGACAAGGGAUUAUACCAUUCAUAUUAGAUAAUUCUGUGUUGGGAGCUUUAAAGCCAUUGCUUUUAAAAAAGGAGGGGAAACAUGGAACAGAUAACUCAGAGAGUGAAAUAUAAAGAAAUAUGGGGAAGUGAGGUGGAGUCAGAUUUGUGAUUGUGGUUGUCUCUGUUUUGAGAAUUAUUUAGUGCUCUUACUCUGCUGGCGAUGUCCCCUGAGCUGAUUUGGUGAGCCCGGACUCCUUGGGCUUUGCCGACGACCAAGGAAACAAGCCCUAGUUUUGAGUCUUUUUCCGUCCAAGAGAACCUUUGCUUAAAAAAUUGGGCAAUCUGAUCUCAUCUCUCCUUCUCUCUCCCUCUCUCUCUCUCUGAUUCAGUUUGUGCCUUGUUCGCUGUCAAGAUUCGGUCACACUCCAAAUUGUUGAUCCUUAAAGCUAAGAAACUUUGAUUCAUUCAAUGAGUUGAUUGGUCCCCACUGGUGGGGUUGUCUUUUCCCUUUCUUGGGAAUUUUUCAUUGACCUCAGGCUACUAUGUGUGGUUCACUAGGGAUGUUUGGCGAUGCCUUAUUGGACUUAGCAAUUAGUUAUUGAGUUCUGGGGAAGUCUUUUCUUGUUUGGAGUGUCAUAGAGAGGAAGCAGAUCUUGUAUUGUCAAGAUGAAGUUCAUGAAACUUGGUUCCAAGCCAGACACCUUUCAGACUGACAACAAUGUUAGGUAUGUAGCAAAUGAGCUGGCAGCAGAUAUCAUUGUUAAUGUUGGGGAUAUAAAGUUCUAUUUACAUAAGUUUCCUCUUCUAUCCAAGAGUUCUCGCUUGCAGAAGUUGAUCACUGCAACUAAUGAAGAAGAAAACAGAGAUGAAGUUCAAAUUUCUGACAUUCCUGGGGGGGCUUCUGCCUUUGAGAUAUGUGCCAAGUUUUGCUAUGGUAUGAUUGUUACCCUGAAUGCUUACAAUGUGGUUUCAGCUCGAUGUGCAGCUGAGUACCUUGGAAUGCAUGAAACUGUUGAUAAAGGGAACCUUAUCUACAAGAUUGAUGUUUUCCUUAGCUCUAGCAUUUUACUUAGUUGGAAAGACUCAAUCAUUGUUCUUCAGACAUGCAAGUCUAUUUCACCCUUGACUGAAGACCUAAAAGUGGUCAAUCGAUGCAUUGAAUCUAUAGCAAAUAAGGCAUGCGUUGAUGUAUCUAGGGUUGACUGGUCCUAUACCUAUAACCGAAAGAAGCUUCUAGAGGAAAAUGGGAUCGAUCAAAACCAGAAUGGUGUCAGAGCUCGGUCGGUUCCCAAAGACUGGUGGGUUGAGGACUUAUGUGAGCUUGAAGUUGAUUUAUUUAAGUCAGUAAUUACUAAUAUCAAAACCAAGGCAAUUCUUGCUGCUGAAGUUAUAGGAGAAGCUCUCAAAGCUUAUGCUUAUAGAAGAUUGCCAAAUUUCAGCAAGGGUAUCAGCCAAUGUGGGGAUAUGUCGAAGCAUCAUUUGAUCGUUGAAACAAUUGUAUGGUUAUUGCCAACUGAGAAAGGCUGUGUUUCUUGUAGAUUCUUAGUCAAGUUAUUGAAAGCUGCCAUUACUGUGGAGUCAGGAGAUAUGACCAUAGAAGAGUUGGUGAAGAGAAUAGGACAGCAAUUGGAAGAGGUUUCUGUAAGCGAUAUUUUGAUACUAGCCCCAGAUGGCGAUGCUAACGCCAUUUAUGAUGUUAACAUAGUAAAGAAAAUUGUAAAGGAGUAUUUGAUCCAGGAUAACAAUACUGAAAUUGAGUCCGUUGGCGGCGAUGGUGAACUUGAGGGGACAAGAAAGCCUGCUGGGAUCUUAUCAGAUGCUUCCAAGCUAAUGGUCGCAAAGCUCAUAGAUGGAUACCUUGCUGAAAUCGCAAAGGAUCCCAAUUUGCCUUUGUCUCAGUUUGUUGAUCUUGCUGAGUUGGUAUCCAGCAUUCCCCGUCCAGCUCAUGAUGGGCUUUACAGGGCCAUUGAUAUGUAUCUUAAGGUUCAUCCCGGGAUUGGGAAAGGCGAGAGGAAGAGGAUAUGCAAGUUGAUGGACUGCAAAAAGUUAUCAGCUGAAGCUUGCAUGCAUGCCGUGCAAAACGAGAGGCUGCCAUUGCGAGUAGUGGUGCAAGUGCUCUAUUUCGAGCAGGUUAGGACUGCUGCAUUGUCUGGCGCCAGCACUCCUGACGGAAACAGAGGAGGAGGAAUGAAGGAUCUCAACAAUGGUGGUUCUCAUGGCAGCUCAAGAUCAGGAACAACUGCGAACACAGAAGAUGACUCGGUGGAUGGUUUGGGCACAGCAGAGGAGCUGAAGGCAUUAAGGAAGGAACUUGCAUCCUUGAGGAUGAGCAGUGAGAAAGAUACUGGAGAUGAGAAUAACAAGGCUAACUCAGAUAAGGCUGUGAUUUCAAAGAUGAAGGGUCUGCUAAAGUCGAAAAGAUCAUUCAUGAAGGCAUGGGCUAGCAAAGGAGGAGGAGGAGGAGAAAAUAGUGGAUCAGACUCAUCAGAGAGUAUUGGUUCUGCUAACCCAGAAGAAACUAAAUCCACACCUUCAAGAAAUAGGAGGUAUUCAGUUUCCUAAAGUGGUUUGACUCUCUUUUUCUGGUUUCUCUCUUUUAACAUGGAAAGAACUGAGGUACAUAUAGUUCGAAGAGCACAGAUCAGUUGAAGUAUUGUUUCAAGUAAAAAUGAAACCACUUGAAGUGACUUCAAAUGAUCCAGAUUGAUAGUUCAGAAGAGUACGGGUAUUUUGAAGAAUGGAGAUGUAAUCCUUUGGCAUUUAUUUUAUAUCCCUACCCAUAAUAGGAGCAAUAGUUAGUCAGCAUUGUCAUGAAAACAUCAAACUAGCUAUUCACUUGUUCUUGAUGAUUCUCUGCGGUUUACAAAUUAUAGGUAGAUCAAGUUAUUAGUA